CAAUCCCGCAAAAUUUGUCCAAAUAGUCUCAUUUACAUUCAUUUUUGUAUGAUUGCAUUAAAUGACUUAGUAAAAUGGCACACAAUUAACUGUUUAUUUGGAAACAAAAUAUAGGCAAUUAACACUUUUCUCUGACUAAUUGACAUUGACCCUUAAUUUUAUACUCCAAAUAUUAUCUCUCACUAACUCCUUCCUAUUUAGACAACACCUUACACGCAAACAAAAAAAUUAACACAAACUUAUAAAUAGCGUUUCCCAUCUCACUUCUAUUCAAAGAUCGCAUCACCAAUCGCAGUCAAAAGAAACGCAAACGCGAUCUCUCUCUCUUAAAAACUCUGAUUCAUUCUCUCCCGCAGCAGCUUUUCCUAAUCGAUGGCGGACAUCGACAUCGCCGUCGGGAAAGAGCCGCUGAUAAACCAUGAGAACAACAACAACACGAACAAGAUCUUCAAUCGCUGCGUUUCACACCAACAAGACGAGCUACACAGCUUCCGCAAAUACCUAAGGUGGAUGUGUGUAGAUCACUCUAGUCCAUGGACAGCGAUUCUCUCUUGGACCAUGUUCAUCGUCUUCACACUCGUCGUUCCGGCGAUCUCUCACUUCCUCCUCGCUUGUGCUGAUUGCGACAGUUACCAUUCAAGACCUUACGACUCCGUCGUUCAGCUUUCUCUAAGCAGCGUCGCCACCGUCUCUUUCCUCUGUCUCACCAGAUUCGUUAGCAAGUAUGGUCUUCGACGCUUCCUCUUCUUUGAUAAACUCUGGGACGAGAGCGAAACCGUUCGACGAAAUUAUACCAAUCAACUCAAUACUUCGCUUCAUAUUGUGUCCUACUUUGUGAUUCCUUGUUUCUCAGCAAUGAGUGCAUACAAAAUUUGGUGGUACGCUUCAGGUGGAUCUCGAAUACCUUUUUUAGGAAAUGCUGUCUUAAGCGAUACAGUGGCUUGUAUAAUGGAGCUUUGUUCUUGGCUAUACCGAACAACCGUAAUCUUCCUUGUUUGUGUUCUCUUCCGUCUCAUUUGCCAUCUUCAGAUCCUUCGUCUUCAAGACUUUGCUAAGCUCUUUCAGAUUGAUUCAGAUGUUGGUUCUAUCUUGUCUGAACAUCUUCGUAUCAGACGUCAUCUUAGAAUCAUUAGCCAUAGAUAUCGUUCUUUCAUUCUAUGUUUAUUGAUUCUAGUUACUGGAAGUCAGUUUUCUUCUCUGCUUAUUACUACCAAAGCCUACACUGAAGUCAAUAUCUACAGAGCUGGAGAACUCGCUCUUUGUUCUAUGACAUUAGUUACUGCACUUCUGAUACUAUUACGAAGUGCAUCAAAGAUCACACACAAGGCUCAGGCUGUGACAUGUUUAGCUGCGAAAUGGCAUGUAUGCGCCACGUUAGAAUCCUUUGAUCAGACAGUAGAAUCCUUUGAUCAGACAGUAGAGACUCCAACUUUGGUUGCUAGAAACAACAAUGAUAACAACAAUGUCCAUGAUGUUGUUACGUUGACAGAAUCAGACAGUGACGAGUAUGGUGAUGAAGAAGAUGAUCUAGACAAUAAUGACAUCAUUCCUGUUUAUGCUUUCAGUACCAUGUCAUUCCAAAAACGGCAAGCUCUAGGUAAGAGAAUACAAAAUCUUCUGCAAUGCUGUUUUUUGGUCUUAAUGGUUUACUUAAAAUGAUAUCUGGUUGGGUUUUUUUUAGUGAGUUAUUUCGAGAAUAACAGCGCAGGAAUCACAGUGUAUGGGUUUACACUUGAUAGAGGUACUCUCCAUACAAUCUUCGGACUUGAAUUGUCUCUUGUUCUCUGGCUUCUUGGUAAAACCAUUGGAAUUUCUUGAAUCUGUUUUGGGAUCUCCAAGAAACAUCCGAAUGUUUUGGGCCUUUUGGCAAUGAACCACUUUCACUUUCUAAUUUCUUUCUACUGUAAAUCAAAUUAUUUGUGCUUUGUAUACGCCACUGUAUUAUUAAUGUUGUUAUAGAGUCAUGUCAUUGUAAAUUAGAUUGGAAAUAAAAAGCCUAUACACUCUCGUGUUUUG